UACUCCACCAGUUUUAACAUUCAGAUUCCCAAUAAAUGACACUCUGUCUUCAAACUGCGCCAACAAAUAUGUGGUAAACUCUCAGACAGGAACCGGAGCGUUUUCUGAUUUCUCAAAUGUUCAGUCCGUCAACAUCUCUGGCGUCGUUACGGCCAUUGACCCCUCUGCAGGAACGAUCACAUAUCGUUCGCAGAUCCUGUACUACUUCUCCUGCUCCUAUCCUAUGAACUACCUGCUCAAUGACACCCAGCUCAGUGUAUCAGGUGUGAAUGUUGCCAUAAGAGACAACAAUGGUAACUUCAUCAGCACCCUGAAUAUGAAUCUGUACUGUGAUAAUGAUUACCAACGGCAAUUAGUGAUUCCACGGAUAGGACUUAACCAAAAGACCAAGAUUUAUGUAGAAGUUAAAGCUACUAAUCUAACAAGCAACUUCAACGUUCUGCUGGACAGAUGCUUCGCCACAGUAAGCCCAUCACCUGUACAUAACAGCCACUAUGACCUUUUUGUUGGGUGUAUGCGUGAACCUCAGAUUAUCAUCGAUGAAAACGGAGAUUCACAAUCGGCACGUUUCAACUUUGAGGCCUUCCGAUUUCGGGGGCAAAGAAAUCAAAUAAUUUCCACUUUCUACCUUCACUGCCAGACCAGACUCUGUGAUCCAGCCACAUGUAGCUCCCUUAAGCCCGUCUGUAAUAGAAGAAGAAAGAGAGAGACCCUAAACAACUCCUCCAGCACCUCCAGCACCACAAUCAGUUCUUAUCAAAUACUUGUCAGAGACGAUAACGGUGUGUUUCAAAAUUCAUCAUCUUUACACGUGUCAACUCAUCUUACCUACAGCCGCCCUGUGGUUGCUAUCAUCGUCUGCAUCAGCAUCGUUAUUUUUUUUAUCGUGGCUCUGGCUGCAUACUUUUACUACAGAAGGCAAAGAAGCAACUAAAAUCAUCUGAACGAGAAGGGUGACCAUUACCCAUUUCUACCUCUUCAUCAUCUACAGAGCAUCUCAAAAUAUUCAGCGUGCACAUUUAGUGGAAACGAGGGCUUAGUCAGUGUACAUUUAGCUGUUUAUUGUAAUCAGUUUUUAGUUGUAAUUAUUUUAUUUAUCUGUUACACCCACCUUUUAUGGAGACAGGCAACAAUUCCCUCUGUUUGUUAGCAAAAUACCUCAUGAACCAGCUGACAGAUUUAAAUGGAACUCUUAGAAAUUAAUCAUUAGAUGUACAUUUAUUUUUAAAGUCAACCCUAAUCGAGAUGGCUGCUGUAUGCAUAUUAUUUAAGGUUUUAGGCUGUAAGAAUAUUGAGGCAAGUUCAAAUAAAAGUUGCUUAAAGAGGAUCUAAAUCUCAUUAGUUCAAAUUUGUGUGUGGUUCUGUGGAAAGAUUAUGAACAAUAAUAUCUUACCAGAUGUAGAUGACUCGUUGAAGGACUACAGAAAUAGUGUUUGCUUAUGACCAGGCUGAUACAUCCACAGUAGGAUAUUAAUCAUUUGUAAUCUUUCCAUAGAACCCCACUGUGCAAGAUCCGAACUAUCCCUUUAAGGUGCUGGGUUUUAAAAAGUUAAAAUAAAACAACAUUGAUUGUAUUUUCAUAAAAAGUCACAAAAUACACACACCUGUGUUCAAACAAGUGUUUUCAUUCAAGUUGUGUCUCAAACUGUUUAUG